AUAUCGAAUAUGAAACCUGUACGUGAACAAGUGAAAAAACGAAACCUCGAUUGGAUGAUUGCGUGUAAAAACCCCACGCCGAUAGAAUUCUUUCGUUUUAUUCAACCGACACAUAAAGCUCGUGCGAUCGAAAAGUAUGGAAAAAUUCUCAGUGAAGCUAUCAGGUUGUGUAAAGUUCCGGACGAACAGUCGAAACUAAAAAACAUCAAAGAAACCGUUAAUUGCAAUUCAGAUUGGGAUGUGUGGCUAUUAGAGAAAAGAGCG